AUGGUACUUCUCGGUGCUUCACUUGCGGCAGUGGCUUCUCUGCUGAUAGCAUACAGUCAUCCCGUCACGAGUCUCGGCUUUGAGACUGACUGCAGUGCAUUCGCUGCCAGCCUCGCCCUUGAAAACUCCACCAUCCACUUUUCACAGCACGUCCCUGCCGGCAGCAACCUCACCUUCCCAGACAAUCCAGAGACAUGCACUCGUCCCUUCCAGCUCGUGCCCGUUGACAUCUGCCGUGUCGUACUGUCCGUCGCCACUUCCUCUCGAUCCAGUACCAGAAUCGAGGCGUGGCUUCCACAGGCAAGCAACUGGACCGGACGUGUGCUUUCCACCGCCAAUGGCGGUAUCAGCGGCUGCAUCCAGUAUGAAGACCUUGCUUACGGAGCCUCACUUGGCUUCGCUUCCCUUGGUUCAAACGGCGGCCACGAUGGAAUGACAGGUGUCCCUUUUCUCAACAACGAAGACGUCGUUGCCGACUUCGCCUGGCGUGCCCUACACACAACCGCUCAAGUUGCUAAAUCGAUCGCGCCUCAAUUCUACUCCCAAAAUUACACCAAGUCCUACUACCUCGGCUGCUCGACUGGUGGGAGACAGGGAUGGAAGUCGGCACAGUCGUUCCCGGAAGAUUUCGAUGGCAUCGUCGCUGGUGCACCCGCUCUCGCCUUCAACAAUCUGACGUCCUGGUCUGGCUCGUUCUAUCAGAUCUUCCAAGCCGCCGGUUCGGAUGGCUUUCCACCGAUGCCUAGUUGGCCAAGCAUCGACGAUAGUAUUCUCGCGCAAUGUGAUGCUCUGGAUGGUGCGGAGGAUGGCAUUGUCGAGACCGCUACUCUCUGCAACGCCAUCUAUCGUCCGGAAGCAUUGAUAUGUGACUCCUCCACCACCAAUUCCAGCACCUGCAUUACCGCCCUUCAAGCCGGAACCAUUCGCACGCUUUUCUCCCCGCUCUACGGUAAGGACGGCGCCCUGGUCUAUCCUUCUCUACCUGCCACUCCAGGCGUCGCUCAACUCGCCAAUGCGUUCUAUGGGCCUGCGCCAUUCCUGUAUACCGUCGAUUGGUACCAGAACGCCGUGUACAACGACCCCAGUUUCGACGUCGCCAAGCUGACACCCGAAGACUGGGCCUUUGCCUGGUCACUCAACCCCGGCGACUCCAACACCUGGUCCGGCGACCUCUCUGCCUUCCGGGACCGUGGCUCCAAAAUCCUGCAUUACCACGGUCAAAACGACGGCAUCAUCACCCCUCUCAACUCCGAGAGAUACUACGAUUACGUGUCGCGUACCUUGGCUACCCCAGCAGAAGAGCUGGAUGACUUCUACCGCUUCUUCAGAAUCAGCGGCAUGGAGCACUGCGGCGGCGGCCCAGGGGCGAGCAACAUUGGGAAUUCCGCAGCGGGCAUGGGCGCGAGUCUGGAACCGCAAGACAACGUGCUGAUGGCCAUGGUGAAGUGGGUCGAGGAGGGUUCCGCCCCGGACACUGUCACCGGCGUCAAAUACGUGGGCCAGGAAGACCAGGUCCCAGGUGCCCCUCCAGCUGAGGGCCCGAGACCAGUCGAGUAUGAGAGGAAGCAUUGUCGAUACCCCUACAGGAACGUGUUUGAGGAGGGUGAGUGGAAAUGCGUCUGA